CCCGCGGCAAAGUGUUCGACGCAUCGAGAGGCUCUUGACGAGAAUCCUUGCGUUAAUUUCGAGAAGCAUGUCGCUAGACGGCCUCAGAAAGCGUUUUCCACAGCGUCCAAUAGCUGUGCGAUUGAACUUCGAAGAAGAAUCGUCACCUCGGCCCAAUCGCAACCCUGCGGACAACCUGCACUUGAAAUCCGAAUCUAUCUCGAUGACGAUAUCAGAGUUUGAUGAUUCGCCGAUGGACUCAUCUUUCAGUUGGGACCCCAGGUUGGCUACACCAGAGAGAGCGUCAUCGCCCUGCUUGUCGUGCUCACCUUUGUCACUAUCCCCGCUGACGUCACCACCUCGAAAGAUCGAAAAACGGCUUGGAGCUUUGAGAUUGUUCGAGGAUCCCAGGACGCCGAGAAGCCUCAUACAACAGCACGAGAGACGAAAAUCGAGAUUGGUUGGAGGGAAGUUGUCGCGUACGGCUCCUGGCGCGGUGAGGGGACAAAGAAAGAUGUCUAUCGGCGCUAACGUUAAUCCGUUUACUCACGCUGUGCAAAAUUCGGUGCCAAAAAGAGGAAAACGAAACAUUGAUGAGACAUUGUUUGAUAUCAAUGAUGGCAGUCCUUUUGGUGAGAAGAACUUGACAUUACGAGAAAGUAAUAUUUCUCGAUACACUCCUGAAUUUCAAGAGAUUGACAAGAUUGGUUCUGGUGAAUUUGGAACAGUUUGCAAAUGUCGAAAUAGACUUGACGGCUGCAUUUAUGCUUUGAAGCGGUCUAAGAAGCCUGUGGCAGGAUGUGCAGCUCAACAAGCUGCUCUUCGUGAAGUAGCUGCUCAUGCUAUACUCGGAGCUCAUCCUCACAUUGUACGUUACUUCUCUGCUUGGGCAGAGCAAGAUCACAUGAUUAUACAAAAUGAAUUUUGCAACGGUGGUAGUCUGUCAUCUGUUAUUGCUGAGAAGACGUUUGCUGGAACAAAGUUUACAGAAUGUGACUUGAAGCGAGUGUUGCUCCAGGUGGCUCACGGUCUCAAGUACAUUCAUAGUAUGAAUCUUGCCCAUCUGGACAUUAAACCAGGUAACAUUUUUAUCUGUCAUCCUGAUCAAGAAGACGCCUCUGCUCAUCCAGUUUAUGACAGUGACUGUUGUUCUAGAGAAGCAGUCAAUCAGAUUAUUUACAAAAUAGGAGACAUGGGCCACGUUACAUCCAUAUAUCACCCUCAGGUUGAAGAGGGGGACUGUCGUUAUAUGGCAAGAGAGUUGCUGCAGGAGGAUUACAGCGAUCUACAGAAAGCAGAUAUAUUAUCUCUAGGAUUGACAGUCUUUGUUAUGGGAGGAGGUGGAGAGUUACCCAAAAAUGGUCCAGAAUGGCAUAGAAUUCGAGAUGGCUGUCUUCCUGACUUAAUUCAUUGUUCGUCUCCGUUUAAUCAGUUACUUAAAGCUAUGGUCCAUCCAGAGUCGACUGCUCGACCAUCGGCUGCCGUUCUAACACAACACCCUGUAUUGUACCCGCUUGCAACAAAAAGCAAGGAUGAAUUACGAAGGGAACUUAACGCCGAGAAGUUCAAGAAUGAACUUCUUGUUAGGGAACUUGAGCAAGCAAGACAACGAAAGGACCCAAAAUCAAGUUGUUGCUCGAGACUUGUUGGUGGCAAGAGUCAACGAGUAGUCAAUCGAAGCUUAAGUGUUAGUGGUUGGUAGCUGGAGUGCUACCAUCAUUUUCUUGGUAUUUUUAGCAUAGGUUUAUUAAGUCUUAAUAGAUUGGCGGACUGAGUUAUUAUUGAAGUUUGUUACAAUGUGGCACAUAACUCUGAUAUAAUAUCUUUGGCUCUAGAUGUUAUUGUAUACAUUUGACAGUGCUCUGGAUCCAAUACAAUCAGUCAAUGUCCAUGGACUGGGCUUAGAUAAG